AGGUCACAGAAUUCUGGAUUCGCACCAAACCGAGAUAUUGAGCCGGACCUCAACGCUCCCGCUAGAUCCGACGAGCCCGUGUUUUACUACAUCGUCGGCGGGAGUUACUCGCAAUGCCGCCGGCUGGCACUACACAACCCUUCUCCGUACGCCCAGGGCCCUGGCACACUCGUGUUCUGUAUGUUGCAGUGCUGGUAGCGCGAAUUCAGGCAUCUACUACUGCAAGUCGCUCGACGACGCGUCCGCAUUCACCCCGUCACUGCUGGACUCCCUGGCGGCUUGGAACUAUCCUUGCAAUCUCGGCUUUGAGCACAGGCCUGCGCCAUGACGAACUCAUUUGCCUCUCACAAGAGCGACCCAUACACCGUGCGGUUGAGGCGUUCUACGAUGAGAUCGUCUCAAUCAAGGCCGGUAUGCGCCAGGCAGGGAGGGAUGCGUCGUUCGCGAGGUGUGUCACGUCCGACGCAUCGGCUGUUGGGAGAUAGAGGGCGCGGUCCACAUUGAUUGAAAGCUCGAGGACAUGCUUGGAUGGAUGGGGUGGAGCUGGCUUGUUGUGCGGAA